AUGUCCUCCACCUGGCUACACGGGUCAACUCCAAGCGGUCAGAGUGGAGGUCUUGUUAGGAAAGAAGGAAACCAGAUUGAUUUCAUCUGUUCCGGUACUGAAGUGGGGGCAGAUUUUCCAAAGUUGACAAUCACUAUCCAUCGGGAAUCAAAUCCAGGCGUUCUGCCUGUAGGCUAUGUGCUGGAUCAAGGUCCUGUACGGAGACCCUGGGAACCAUUUCAAUUAGAGUUAGUCGAAGGAAACGAGAAGCUGUUCGGCUGUGACACAAUUCAAGAGAGAAUGAACCACGAACUUGGGUAUUACUGUUCCUUGAAACUCAGACAGAAUUCUGGAUGCUGCGGUCCCAUGCAAGUAAUCACGAUCGACACAGAAAAAUGGGCCAACCCUGGUCUAUUCAUUUACACCUGGCAAAGGAGGAUGGCGAAGACAUCGAUUGAGUGGGUGUAUUCACAGUCUCUCGUCAACCGCAUCGCCGAUAAGGGCACAACUACCAAACCGUGGGCUCAAGAGAAUCUCCGCGACUUCAACUUGUUCAUUCAGAAAGAAAUGGACGAGAAAAAGUAUCUGUAUACGGGAUAA